CUCCAUGACCUUAAGAGCAAACACAGACCGACUCCUCUUCUCAGCAACUCCACACAGGCCCCGUAGAGUUUCCAGCAAGGUUAAGGGAAAUGGAAGACAUCAAGGGAAGCGACGGCCUCGGUGACACGGAGCUGCGGCUCGGUUUGCCGGGCACGUCGACGGCAACAAGGAGCGCCAAGCGAGCACUUCCCGAAGGCGACGAGGAAAGCCACGACGAGCUCCGACGAACCUCGGCGGCAAAGGCACAGGUAGUGGGAUGGCCACCGAUCCGGUCGUACCGGAAGAACAGCUUCCCGGCGAGGAAGGUGGAGGCCGAGGCCGAGGCCGCCGCCGGGUUAUACGUGAAGGUCAGCAUGGAUGGAGUACCUUACUUGAGGAAGAUUGAUCUCAGUGUUUACAAGGGUUACAAGGAACUCAGAGAGGGCCUGAACAACAUGUUCGAAUGUUUCUCUUUAGGAGAGUUGUCAAGGAGAGAAGGAGGCAGUGGAUCUGAGUAUGCCAUCACCUAUGAGGAUAAAGAUGGAGACUUGAUGUUGGUUGGUGAUGUUCCAUGGGAGAUGUUCAUCUCUUCCUGCAAAAGGCUAAGGAUAAUGAAAGGAUCUGAAGCAAGAGGAUUAGAAUCAAGACAACAUUAACAAGAGAUCCAGAUCGACAAAGAAGGAAUGGAGAUGAGAGAUCUUGCUUCAUGAGAGUAGAUCAUUUUUUGCUUGGAAUUUAUUUCCAAGUUCAUGAGUCUCUUAAGAAAAGGAAGAACAAAAAAAAUAUAAAGAAGCUUGGGAAUGCAUCUGUCAAACAGCUCAUCUUACAAUCCUACAGCUUAAAGCCAGAGAGAGAAGAAAAGUGCAACACAUGAAGAGAACAUCUACAGGAUUUGGUGUCACAAUUAUCCUGUAGGGAUUUUUUAUUUCAGCAUGAGAUUGUACAGAAGAAUUUUGCUUGCUUCAUGUCCUGAAUGUGAAGUUACAGCCAACUGUUUCAUGUCUCAUCAUCUGAUGAUGAAAAAGAGACAAAUCGU